AUGUCCGACAAAGAAUACUCAAGUGGAGGUGAUGUGGAAAACUCUCUAAAACCACAAGAAACUAUACCUCAACCACAUAAUAUGUCUAACGAUUCCAUCGGUAAAAUUUAUACUUCAGGCGAUAAUGGCGAAUAUAUGUAUAUCGGGAGACAAAAAUUUUUGAAAGCUGAUCUUUAUGAAGCUUUCGGUGGUACUUUACAACCAGGUUUAGCCCCUCCUUCAACUCAUAAAUUUGCUAAUCCAGCUCCUUUAGGUUUAUCAGCUUUCGCUUUAACUACUUUUAUCUUAUCAAUGUUUAAUGCAAGAGCUCAAGGUAUUACUACUCCAAAUGUCGUAGUUGGCUGUGCCAUCUUUUACGGUGGUCUAGUUCAACUAAUUGCAGGUAUUUGGGAAAUCGCAUUAGAAAAUACUUUUGGUGGUACCGCUUUGAGUUCUUACGGUGGGUUUUGGUUAAGUUUUGGUGCAAUUCAUAUCCCUUGGUUCGGUAUUUUAGACGCUUAUGAAGGUAAAGGAGAUCAAUUAGCUAACGCUUUAGGCUUUUAUCUAUUAGGUUGGACGAUUUUCACCGCAGGUAUCACUGUUUGUACCAUGAAGUCUACCGUAAUGUUCUUCUCUUUAUUCUUCUUAUUAACCAUCACAUUUUUAUUACUUUCUAUUGGAGAAUUUACAGGUAAAGUCGGCGUUACAAGAGCCGCAGGUGUAAUCGGUGUAAUUGUGGCAUUUAUCGCUUGGUAUAACGCUUACGCAGGUGUCUCAAAUAGACAAAACUCGUAUUUGAUUAUUAAGCCAAUGCAAUUACCUUCUUCUGAAAGAGUCCUUUUCUAA